ACAUGCAUCCAACAUAUCAACACGGUGAGAACAUGCAUCCAAUGCAUCCAACACGGUGAGAACAUGCAUCCAACACAUCCAACACGGUGAGAACAUGCAUCCAACAUAUCCAACACGGUGAGAACAUGCAUCCAACAUAUCCAACACGGUGAGAACAUGUGUAAUUGUUGUCAUAUUUGUUUUCAUUUGUAAGAAUUUAAGUUGCAAUUAUCUCUUAUUUGAUGAAAUCGCUUAUGCUUUUAUUUUGAAGCCGCUUUUAUUUUGAAGAGGUUUUGGGCUGCUCAUGCUGCAGCAGACACUUUAGCGGAUGUCAACAAGCUAGCGGUGGGCAUGAACGUGUGGCCUGCUCCGCGAUGGACUUGGGGUUCAUUUAAAGAAGUUACUUGUUGCAAAGCCUGAAGAUCAACCUUCUCUGUAGCAUGCAGCCAACGAGUUUUCACGGUGAAUGAUGAACGACGGAUGCCAGUCAUUAAACCAGUUAAAGGAAACCACUUGUGUCUGAGUAUGCUUCAGGGGAGCUACAACAUGUAUCCAACACAUCCAACACGGUAAGAACAUGCAUCCAACGCAUCCAACACGGCGAGAACAUGCAUCCAACGCAUCCAACACGGCGAGAACAUGCAUCCAACGCAUCCAACACGGUCCCGACCGCCGUGAGGACGGCGCUCACAACCUGCAGAGUCAGAGGGGCAGGAAAUGAUUCAGCAGGAGGACACGACCCGCAGAAGAUCACAUCAGUCUAAAUCAGAGACUCGGACAUGUGGCAAGGUCGUCUCCCUCGACUCCUCAGUUAUUUGAGGACCUGAUUGAGGACCAUGGGCCUGCUGGACAUCCUGUCGUCCAUCAGAGACCGAGCCGACAAGUUUCUGACCGAGAAGAACGUGGUGACGGACUUUCUGGGGAAGUUGGAGGAGAAAACGGGGAUAAGGAAGAAGAUCAUUGCCGUGGGUGCCGUCUCCCUGACUGGACUCUACCUGGUGUACGGAUAUGGUGCCGCCCUCCUCUGCAACCUGAUCGGUUUUGUCUAUCCAGCAUAUUACUCAGUCAAAGCCAUCGAAAGUGCGAGCAAAGAGGACGACACGAAAUGGCUGACGUACUGGGUGGUGUACGGCGUCUUCAGCCUGGGCGAGUUCUUCUCCGACAUUUUCCUCUACUGGUUCCCGUUCUACUACGCUUUUAAGUGUCUCUUCCUGUUGUGGUGCAUGGCUCCGAUGUCGUGGAACGGCUCCCAGAUCAUCUACAACAAAGUAGUUCGGCCUGUAUUCCUCCGCCACGAGGCCACCGUGGACAACAUGGUGAGCGACCUCGGCGGGAGGGCGAUGAGUGCCGCCGAGAACCUCACCAGAGAAGUCCUGUCCACGCUGGUGAAGAAUAAAGCUCUGGUAAAUUCGGCACCGUCGGUCGCUCAGCCUGAAGCUAAAAGUUUACCGAGUUCAUCAGCAGCUAAAGUGGCUCCAUCGGAGCCAGCCGAAGAUCGACCAUCCUCCAGAUAGCAGCAGAGGAAGAGGAGGAGCCUCCGUGAGAAAGAGUAGCAGAGAGGUUUUACUCGUCAUCCUCACAGAUCCCAUCGAGAAGAGUCCUUCCUGUCCAAAGACACUGAUUUCCUUUUUAUACCAACGUCCAAAACUCAGACCGACUCUGCAGACAGACUGACUUUACAACACCAUUUCUUAUUGAUUUUAGUUUAUUUAUUUCUAUUUAUUGAUUAUUUGGGGGUCAGUGGGAUGUUUGUCCUUUUUUUGUUGAAGCGAAGCACCUGAAGCAGCUCAUCACUCAGGCUCAUGUUUAGCUGCAGAUUGGUAGCA